AUAGCUGCUGCACUCUGGCGAGAGGCGGCGGAACUAAGACCAAGGCUUGAGUGGACCGUACGAACUUUUCGUGAAUGAAUAACAGUAAGACCAUAACUUACGGCCGGACGUACGCUCUCAUCUCAAGUUAGUGAAUCCACCACCAAGUUAAAAAGGUGUCCAUCUACGAGAACUUAAGACUAGUGGCGUAUUAGAAUAAAAACUUAGACUCGCUGGCGUACAAGACAGACAUAAUGAACGGGUCGAAGAAGAGGAAGCCCAACUUCACAGACGAGGAGGUGCUUAUGAUGUUAAACCAAGUACAGAAGCGGAAGAAAGUCAUCCUUGGCAAGCUUGACGGCUCGCUGACAGUUCAUGACAAGAACAAUGCCUGGCAUGUCAUCGCUGCGGCCGUCACUGCCACCAGCCCCUAUAUAAGAGGCCCUAAUGAAGUUCGCAAGAAAUUUACAGACUUGCGGUCAGUAGUUAAGAAGAAAACAGCGGUUAUUAGUAGGGAACUUAGGAAGGCUGGUGGUGCAUAUGGUGAUUUAAAACCUUUAACAGCUACUGAAGAGGCAAUGGCGACAUUAAUAAACGACGCUUCCUGUGAAGAUCUUUCUGCCGCACUUGAUAAUGGAGAUGAAUAUGAAUCAGGUGGUGGUAACUUAAGAAUAUUAACAGCAGCUGAAGAGGCAAUGGCCACAUUAAUAAGUGACACUACCAUCGAAGAUCUUCCCUGUACCCUUGAUACCGGCGGUGGAGAGGAUUCUCAAUCAGUUUAUUGUGUAAAAGAGGAGGAAUUUACAGACGUUGGGUCUCCUGAUAACUCAACUCAGGAGCCAUCAGCUGAGCCUUCUACCUCGUCUGCUUUUAAGGAGUCUGAGCUCCCCAGUGUGGAGCCACUUCUUGGGCAUGAUUACUGCAAACAAUCAGAAAUUUCAGGUAGUAAACCACCUCAGUGUAGAUCAGAACAUCAAAUCUCUUGCAAUCCACCAAGUAGAUCCAGAACUACUAAUAAAGACAAUCUAAUUGGCCCUCAAAUGUUGAAGGUACAAGAAGAAAUCAGGGAUAGUGUUCAUCAAAUGGCAGAAUCCCUGCAGGAAAUGUCGUCUACUCUCAAGGAGGGUUUGCAGGGCAUAUCAGCUCUUCUGAAGGAGUUUACGGCACUUGCUAAGUACAGUUUGCAAAAAUAAUUAAGGGUAAGGAAAGGUUUAAUCCCUCCCAAGUAACUUCAUUUUUAUAUUUAGUGUUAAAUGAAUAAUUAGUUUAAUGGAGGAGAAUAUUUAAAAUGAAUUUACUGUGAUAACUGUAUUGGCUGUGAAUUACUUUUUAUAUACUGUAGGGUUAAGGUUAAGAAGAGACCUACCUCAAAUAUAGGAAUUAUUCAGAUAAAUAUUUGGUUUACAAUAAUAAAGUAAAGUGGCAGAUAUGGUAUGCACAGAUCUGUGAUAUACCUGUUCUCUUCAGGUUUUUAUCUCCUUGAUGACUGGGCCUUUAUAUUUGCUGUCACUUCUCAGUUCUUCCUCAUACACCCAGUAAUCUCCCUCCCUCAUAUGUCCAACCACUUGGGCUGGACGGUCUCGCUUCAUGCGAGUUCAAUGAAUCAAUCCCAGGUUCAAUCCCUGACUGUCCAAGUGUUUGGACACCAUUCCUCCCCUCCCCCCUUGGACGAUCCUAAAUCCUUAUCCUGGAUCCUUCUUCCAAGUGUUAUAUUGUCAUAAUGGCUUGGUGCUUUUCCCUUGACAGUUCCCUUCCCUUCCUUCCCUCAUACACCAGUAAUCCCUCUCCCUCAUACACCAGUAAGCUAUAACCCUCAUACACCAGUAAUUUCCCUCCCACAUACAUCAGUAAUCUUACUGUUGCAUUAUACCCUACGUAAACCUGUGUUACACUAUUUCAUCACAGAGAAAUUAGAAAAAAAUUUAAUAUAAGAAUAUAUGAAGUAUGGAACCUGCAGAAGACCUAUUGACCCUAUACAAUGUAGACAGAAGAAAUAUUAUAUAUCAUGUGUAGAAAAUGAAGGAGUGGUGGUCUUCCUGCCAUGCUUUAUAUUACUGAUCAUAAAUAAUCAUCUAUGUAUGUAUUCAAGCUCUUUCAUUAUAAACAAUGAAAAAAAAGUUUAUUAGCAUUAAUACAAUAAUAAUGCAAAAAAGUCAUCCCAUGUGUGUAAGAACUGAGGAUGUAGUGGUAAUAAUUGGCUAUUCAAAAUGCUGCUAUUUACACUGAAUAAAACCUAUUUAUGUUGUUUGUAACAAAAUUAUAAUUAGAAUAUAAUUCAUUACAGUGAGAAACCCUAACUAUUACAUAUACCACUUCAUUAAGCAAGCAACAUUUCUUGUUUUGGUGAGUACCAAUUUCUUCAUAGAAAGGGAAUGGCGUAUGAAUACCAUGUUGACUAUAAAUUAAUGCCGUCAUAACACUAAAGUCAAUUUUGUGUGCAGAAGAGAGAACUAUCAGGGGAAAGUGUCAAGCCACUACAACUAUAUAGCACUUAGAAGGGGUCAGGAUAAGGACUUGGGAUGGGACAGGGGGUGGUGCCCAACCACUUGGACGGUCGGGGGAUUGAACGCCGACCUAAAUGAAGCGAGGCCGUUCCUCUACCGUCCAGCCCAAGUGGUUGGGUUGCAGAAAAAUAACAUUUCUUUGGCAAGUCGAGUACAGUAAAUAAUUUUGGACUCUGCACACAAGUUUUUGGCCUGAUUAUGUUUGCCAAAGAAAACUCAGUGUCUUCACCCAGAUUUAACUUUUCAUUUAUGAUUGUUUCAGAGGUGUGUGAAUACCAUGUUGGCCACAAUCAAAUAUCAGUGUUUAGUUACAUAUAUUUCUUGAUUCACUAUUUUAGUUAAAAAUCUUAUUGUCAUUGAGGAAAUUAUGCAUGCUGUUAUUACAGUAUUUUAUAUUUUUACAAGAUUGUUUCUAGUCUAAAAGAAUAAAAAUUAAAUUCAAGCUUUAAAUGUACUAUAAUUGAAUAUCCUUCCCUGGUUGCCCCCUAGGUAGAUCCAUGUGGUUACAUGCUUGUAUUUCUUAGCUUAAGUAUCUCACCAUGCCUCAAAACUAAUGCAAAUAUACCAGAAAUCAACAUCACAAUCUGGUGCUCUCUAUGAGGUGAAGAGAGUAUGAGAAUCAGAGAUCUACCAAAAACUAAGGAAGCCAAAAAGAAAGAUUAAGCAAAACACAGAAAAUUACCACCUGUGAGAGAGAAAUGAAAAUGCUGAAAACAAAGCAAACAAUUGCUUGCUGUGUAUCUAUGUAUUUACAUAUGUAGGUUAGGUUAGCAUUUUAAAAACACCGAAUCACCUUCUGUGGUUGAUUGUUCAAUAAACCCUUGAAC